AUAGCAUAGCAUUUUAUUAUGGGUUGCAUACGCCAUACGCCUUAUGGCUCUUAUCCCAACUUGGUGGUGAACACAACACUAACACUAAUCAAAUCCAUCCACAUAGAGAAAGAGAAGCAGCCCGACCUGCCAGCAAAUGCCUGUGUUGUCAUCUCCAACGGCACCCCUUCGCAUGCGGGGGCAGAAUGCCGCGACGACGGCGCAAUCAAGAAGACGACGAAGAAGCUCCUCCCAACCCAAUUUCAUCAAAAUCCGGAGCUCCAGCGAUGCAUCGGCCGGAACAGCCGCUCAGGAUGAAGAAGAAACUGGCAAGGAGACCAGCACCACUCCACUCCAGCAAGUCUCCCAGGAAUCCUCCUCCUCUGUUAUCUCUGCUCUUAAUGUCGAACGGGCUCUUCGAGGAAUCCCAAUUACAGACAUCGAUCACUACGGCAGGCUUGGAAUCCAAAGGGGCUGCUCCUACGAUCAGGUUUACGCGGCGUACAAGAGCAAGGCAGACGAGUUGAAAAGGCAAGGACUCGAAGAAGAAGUGAUGAACCAGAAGCUUGAGCUUUUACUGGAGUCAUACUCAGUUUUGUCGAAUGGAAAAGAGAGAAGGCUCUACGAUUGGAGCUUGGCGAGGAGUGAGAAGCCGGACAGAUACGUAUGGCCGUUCGAGGUUGACAUCACACGAAAAUCAACGGAUGCGUCUCCUCCUCCACAGGAGGCAGAGGACGUAGGGCCAACAAGGUUGGUGGGGUACUUCAUGCUAGGCUGGUAUUACUUCUAACUUCUCCAUGAGUUGGGGCUUGUCCAUAAGUUGUUCCACAAUAGUGAGUGUUUCCUCUAUAUCAUUCUUCUUCGUAGAGAAGAUGUAAUAGUUUUGUGUUUUUCUCUAGUCUUCUCGAACUUGUCCGACUCUAUUAGCCGUUGGAAAUUUCAUUAGAAGGUAUCCCUAAGACAUUAUGGCUCUCAUGUCGUUUAGGAGUGGACGUCCUAAUAUAACAUGUUUUGCUAACGAAAGU